AUGGGGCUCCGUAGCCGUACUCAAGUGAGCCUCUUAUGCGGAUCUCUCAACGUCGAUGCGCUGCUCCAUCCUUUCUCCAGUAUCAAAACACCAUCAGAAGUGGACGACACGAUGGACUCGGUGCUUCCGCUUCACCAUAAACCUCAACAUCUUGACCUGAGGAGCUGGGUGAACACGGUAUCUCAAGAGAAUGUUCUGGCAGUGUCCUUGUCUGAGAUGCCUACUAUAUCAGAAGCGGGAAGCCAGUACAGCGACAUGCGUAACAACAGCAAGAGCAACGGCAGCAGCAGCAACAUCAACACAAUGUUUGCGGGCCAGCAUGAAUGGGAGGAUAUAGGCAUGAGCAGGUUGACCCUCCAAAGUCAACUUACAGGGCCGACGACCCCUGAUACAGAUUCCGAGAUCCCCCAAGAGUCCAGCAUGGAUCCAUUUAAACCCCAACCUAUUGUUCACACAAUGCUUGGACCAGCGAGGUUGACCAUCGGCUUAUCUCCCAGACCAUCACUCCUCUCCACCAUCGAACCAGACGGUUGCCUCUUUGCCAACGAUUUCUUCGAGAUCAGGAAUUCUCCCGGCAAGGGGUGGGGUGCCUUUGCCGUCAGGGAUCUCUUCAAAGGGGACCACAUCCUGAUGGAACAAGCCGUGAUCCAUGCCUACGACUGUAACCUCAUGGAGGUGUUCAACGGCCUCGACGACGUGGAAAGGCAAAUUGUCCUCGAUCUGCAUGCCUACAAGCCUGCUGCCAACUCGUCUCUUGAGGCCCGAGUGCUCUCGGCAUGGCACACCAACAACUUUGCAUGUCCGGGGGAUGGAAGAGGCGAUGGUCUUUUCCCUGUCGCCUCGCGCUUCAACCACGCCUGCCAUCCCAAGUGCAACGUCAAGUACUGCUACGACCGCAAUGCGAAAGUGAUGGUCUUUACCGUCUCCGCCGUGGUGGUCAAGGCCGGCGAGGAGCUGACCAUCACCUAUGGGAAGGACCCGGAUAUACUCAAGGAGAAGUACGGCUUUGAUUGUUGCUGUGGGGGGUGCGAAGGCGCUUACCGGAGCUUCCUUGCGCGUGAGUAUGGGGUGGUGAGGUGGUGA